GAUUUGUAGUUGUCGUCGCAAUGAAAUUUUUGUUCGCUGUGUCAGCGAUAUUUGCGUAUACUAUUCACCAAGCCCUUGGGUUUUGUGAGAGACCCACAGACCUGGUACAUGGCUCUGUCAGGAAUUUUCCCAAGAAUAGAUGGAUAUUUGAUUGUGAUCAAGGAUAUGAAAUUCAAGGGAGAUCAGAGAUUACCUGCAUUAAUGAUUUACUAAGAGGAGAGCGACCAUUUUGUGCCAAAACUGGCUGUAAAGAACUUGAGACUCCGAAAAAUGGAAAGCUAAUAAACCCGAAAGGCCUUAAGGCAGAGAUCAACUGCGACAAAGACUACGUUUUGUUUGGCAAUAAAUACACUUAUUGCGAUGGCAACGACUGGCAAAUCCGUUUAGGAACUUGCCAAGCAACCCAAAACUAUUCCUGUGACUUUGAGCGGGAGGAUCUCUGCGGUUGGACUUUUCCUCAUAGUAAACCUCAACCUUGGAGCCGCAUUAGCACAUCGUCCAGCUUUCAUUCCAUCAAGACGGGUCCCCAGCGGGAUCACACCUUCCAGAAUGACAACGAGGGGCACUUUAUCCGUAUGGAGACCCAGAGUGGAGUUACGGGCAGUUACCAUUUUGAGUCUCCAGUUUAUCCGCAGCAUCUGAGCUUGGGAAAUACCACCUGCUUUCAGUUUCACUUUUUCAUGUUCGGCGAAGGAGUUGAAAGUCUGUUUGUGUCGAUAAAACCUGCCUCUAUGGCUGUGGCUGAGAUGUGGGAGAAGUUUGAGAAAAACUCCACUCAAUUCCAAAAGUGCGGAAAUCUGGGCAACAAAUGGUAUGAACACUCUAUUCCUAUCACUGAGAUGAACGAAGACUUCCAGAUAAUCUUCACAGUCACGGAUGCCCAGUCCCGUUUCGGAGACAUUGCCAUCGAUGAUGUCAAGUUCCUGGAGACGCAGGAGGAAUGCAAGGAGGCUUUUGUCGUAAAAGAUCCUUGUCUACCCAAAACUACUGUGAAUAGUGGAACGAAAAACACAAAUACCUGUCAUUAUUUUAAUUUAGCUUUAAUUAGUUUGGCAGUUAUAAUUACAGGGCUAAAAAAUGUUAAUAAAUAAAAAAUGUUAGCCCCUCUACGCAGCAGAAUACCAGUAAAAUAUAUAAUACAUUUUUAAAUCGUAAUAAUUAAAUAUUUAGGUUUAUAUAGAAUUAAAUUUUGU